GACCUUUGGCUAGCUAGCUUGAAUUACUAUUUCCCUAGACACUUUGCCAAACAAAAAUAGAUCAGACGAAGGUCCAUCCACAGGGAAUGCGUUCUGUGGCUCCCCAAAUGCAUAGGAAUGUUUAGUCUUGAUCGUGUGUUUCUCCCGGAGCAAUGUCUUCGGCGAACUUUCGAAAAACAGGUUGUGAUAUUUUCUUGAGUAGAAGUUCUUUAGUCAACUAACGAAUGAUGUCAAUGUAACUUUCGUAUGGUAGUGUGUGAAACACACCGUUAAUUAUCGAAACAAAUUAUAUUUGUAUAGUUUGUUGCUAGACUUCUUUUGUUUCCCGAAAUCCACGGGCCUCACUGUGCGGUCGGUCAUGGAGGGUAGGAACAACAUUUCCCUUGCUCCUCUAUGUUGCCACGUGUCCACCCGGGGCGUCUUCAUUACGCUGAUUCUGUUGCAAAACGUUUCUUAAACGGAAGGGAACGGGACUGGACCUACCCGAAUGUGUCCAAUAAAAACACUCGUUUUAGCUGUAAAACUGUUUCCAACAGUUUGGACUAAUUAUUACACCUCUGUUCGACAGCUCACAAGUCAUUAGCCAGCGUCAAGCUAAAGCUUUGCCAAUGUAACAAGAAAAUGGACACGGAGUGUCAGUAACCAAAGGCAUAUUGUGACAUUUCGAGGAAAAAUAUGACAAGAAUAUCAGUUGGACAUCGAAAUCCGACUGCAAAGGAGAGAGCCAGGAAAUAUCAAAGGAGAGAGCCAGGAAGAAUGGAGAAGUUCGAUUGUAGAAGCACGACAACAUUCUCUUGUUUCACGAGUAGCUAACUUCUGUGCAACCUUGAAGCUGUUGUCAUUUGCAACUUUGAAAAUGAUGUAUUCAUCAAGAAGAAAACCAGUCCUCUAUUUCAAAGAAGACAGAAGAUUCUGUUCUGGGAAAUGCACAGUCUACAAACUAUUUGGUCUGUGUGUGGCGCUGGUACUGGUCUCCCUCCUAUGGCUCCAACUCAGCUGUACAGGAGACAUGAGCCGGGUUGUAGUGGAUGACGGACGCAUCCCCCAUCAGCCUUGUCCGCUGGAGAGACAGGCAUCCGCUGCGGACGACCCUUCCUGGGGUCCUCACAAGCUGGCCCUCCUGAUACCUUUCAGGGAGAGGUUUGAGGAGCUGCUGGUGUUUGUCCCCUUCAUGCACACCUUCUUGAACAACAAGAAAAUACUGCAUAAGAUCUUUGUAAUAAACCAGAUGGAUCACUAUCGGUUCAACAGAGCCUCUCUCAUUAACGUUGGUUACACGGAGAGUGGUAACGACACUGAUUACAUCGCCAUGCAUGAUGUGGACUUGUUACCUCUGAAUGAAGCUCUGGACUAUGGUUUCCCAGAGGAGGGCCCGUUCCACGUGGCCUCACCAGAGCUGCACCCCCUGUAUCACUACAAGGCAUAUGUGGGAGGAAUCCUGCUGCUCACCAAACAGCAUUAUCACAUGUGCAAUGGCAUGUCCAACCGGUUCUGGGGAUGGGGGAGAGAAGACGAUGAAUUCUACAGGAGACUAAGAACUGCUGGAUUACAGCUCUUCAGGCCCAGUGGGAUAAAAACAGGGUAUAAAACCUUUCGCCAUAUCCAUGACCCUGCCUGGAGGAAGAGAGACCAGAAGAGAGUGGCUGCACAGAAACAGGAACAAUUCAAGGUUGACCCUGAGGGCGGGUUGACUAACUUGCAGUACAAGCUGGAGUCGAGACAGGAGCUGACUAUUAGUGGAGCCCCUGUCACUGUCCUCAACACCAAACUGGAGUGUGACACAGACAAGACUCCCUGGUGUCUGUUGACCUAAGAUGGCCCCCAUGAUAGACCUAUGCUGCCUCUCAUCUGGGUUAUGUUCAUUAUCUACCAAACGGAAUAAAACAGACUAAAACAGGGAGGGACUACCUGAGUUUCUCCAAUGAGAAACACUUGUUUUUGUGUGCCCUUAUGAAUAUGACCCCGGUGCUACAGAGGGGUGCUGUUAACCCCUGCAUGCUGUGCUACUUCGGGACAGUUUCUGGUCCUGAGGACACGGCUAAAACAAACAACCGCACCAGGAGACAUGUGUACCAUAUUCUGUCCGGUCCAGAGAAGAGCCUUUGACCUUUGAACCCAGCAACGCCUUCCCUCAUGGGAGAGAUGGAAUGUAUUUAUAAACUAGCUAAAUGAUGUUGUCCUUUAGAACGACGGUGUAGCCGUCUGACUUGCAUUCAGAACUGUGAGUGACUGGAUCUCAAGCAGGCCUAACAUCAGGGUCUUUUAAACUACAGACACUUUGCCAAUAUUGACGACACACGAAAGGUGUACUGAAAUCAUAAGCAAAGGCCUUUGUGUCUGUUUAUCCAGGUGACCGACCAGGACCAACCCUGCUUAGCUUCAGAGGCCAACCAGCAGUGGGAUGUUGGGUGGUCUGCCUCCUGGGUGUGGUACUAGUGGACCAUUGCCUCUCCUUCAGUUGAAGUCUGCUAUACUGUCUCGAUUAAUGUCUUCUCAUCAGAGUUAGUUUGCUAUGAAAGGGUUUUCUUUCUGACAUUGUAAUGCACCGGGAUUGGCAUGCCACCUACAUGGUACAUAGCGCUGUAUUCUCAUCCGGUAUCCAUUGUGACCCAUCAUGUACUCAACUAGUAGUGAGUUGAGUAUCAGAGUGCCCUUUUGGGUUUGUUGUUGAUGGUAAAAUCAGCUUUUAAGGUUUACAGUUGUGCUUUUAGAAAGUUUUCAGAGGACGACUAGAUAUUAUGAAAGUAUGUUUCGGUAAUGUCAAGCAUAUGUUACAACAGUUUGGCCAUAUACCAUACUGCUGUAAUGUCAAGUGCACAGUUGAAGUCGGAAGUUUACAUACACCUUAGCCAAAUACAUCAAAACUCAGUUUUUCACAAUUCCUGACAUUCAAUCCCAGUAAAAAAUGCCCUGUCUUAGGUCAGUUAGGAUCACCACUUUAUUUUAAGAAUGUGAAAUGUCAGAAUAACAGUAGAGAGUGAUUUAUUUCAGCUUUUAUUUAUUUCAUCACAUUCCCAGUGGGUCAGAAGUUUACAUACACUAAAUUAGUAUUUGGCAGUAUUGCCUUUAAAUUGUUGGGUCAAAUGUUUCAGGUAGCCUUUCACAAGCUUCCACAAUAAGUUGGGUGAAUUUUGGCCCAUUCGUCCUGACAGAGCUGGUGUAACUGAGUCUGGUAUAUAGGCCUCCUGACAGAGCUGGUGUAACUGAGUCGGGUAUGUAGGCCUCCUGACAGAGCUGGUGUAACUGAGUCGGGUAUGUAGGCCUCCUGACAGAGCUGCUGUAACUGAGUCGGGUAUGUAGGCCUCCUGACAGAGCUGGUGUAACUGAGUCGGGUAUGUAGGCCUCCUGACAGAUCUGGUGUAACUGAGUCGGGUAUGUAGGCCUCCUGACAGAGCUGAUGUAACUGAGUCGGGUAUGUAGGCCUCCUGACAGAGCUGGUGUAACUGAGUCGGGUAUGUAGGCCUCCUGACAGAGCUGGUGUAACUGAGUCGGGUAUGUAGGCCUCCUGACAGAGCUGAUGUAACUGAGUCGGGUAUGUAGGCCUCCUGACAGAGCUGGUGUAACUGAGUCGGGUAUGUAGGCCUCCUGACAGAGCUGGUGUAACUGAGUCGGGUAUGUAGGCCUCCUGACAGAGCUGGUGUAACUGAGUCGGGUAUGUAGUCCUCCUGACAGAGCUGGUGUAACUGAGUCGGGUAUGUAGGCCUCCUGACAGAGCUGGUGUAACUGAGUCGGGUAUGUAGGCCUCCUUGCACACACAUGCUCUUUCAGUUCUGCCCACAAAUGUUCUAUGGGAUUGAGUUCAGGGCUUUGUGAUGGUCACUCCAAUACCUUGACUUUGUCGUCCUUAAGCCUUUUUGCCACAACUUUGGAAGAAUGCUUGGGGUCAUUGUCCAUUUACGACCAAGCUUUAACUUCCUGACUGAUGUCUUGAGAUGUUGCUUCAAUAUAUCCACAUAAUUUCCCUACCUCAUGAUGCCAUCUAUUUUGUGAAGUGCACCAGUAGCAAAGCUGUAGCAAAGCACCCCCACAACAUGAUGCUGCCACCCUCAUGCUUCACGGUUGGGAUGGUGUUCUUCGGCAUGCAAGCCUCCCCCUUUUUCCUACAAACAUAACAAUGGUUAUUAUGGCCAAACAGUUCUAAUUUUGUUUCAUCAGACCAGAGGACAUUUCUCCAAAAAGUACGAUCUUUGUCCCCAUGUGCAGUUGCAAACCGUAGUCUGGCUUUUAUAUGGAGGUUUUGGAUCAGUGGCUUCUUCAUUGCUGAGCGGCCUUUCAGGUUCUGUCGAUAUAGGACUCAUUUUUACUGUGGAUAUAGAUACUUUUGUACCUGUUUCCUCCAGCAUCUUCACAAGGUCCUUUGUUGUUGUUCUGGAAUUGAUUUUCACUUUUCGCACCAAAGUACGUUCAUCUCUAGGAGACAGAACGCGUCUCCUUCCUGAGUGGUAUGACGUCUGUGUGGUCACAUGGUGUUUAUAGUUGCGUACUAAUGUUUGUACAGAUGAACGUGGUACCUUCAGGUGUUUUGAAAUUGCUCCCAAGGAAGAACGAGACUUGUGGAGGUCUAUAAUGUUUUUUUCUGAUGUCUUUGCUGAUUUCUUUUGAUUUUCCCAUGAUGUCAAGCCAAGAGGCACUGAGUUUGAAGGUAGGCCUGAAAUACAUCCACAGGUACACCUCCAAUUCACUCAAAUGAUGUAAAUUAGCCUAUCAGAAGCUUCUAAAGCCAUGACAUCAUUUUCUGGAAUUUUCCAAGCUGUUUAAAGGCACAGUCAACUUAGUGUAUGUAAACUUCUGACCCACUGAAAUUGUGAUACAGUGAAAUAAUAUGUCUGUAAACAAUUUUUGGAAAAAUGACUUGUCAUGCACAAUUUAUUUGACCUUUACAAGGUAGAUGUCCUAACAGAGUUGCCAAAACCAUAGUUUGUUUAACAAGCAGUCUGUGGAGUGGUUGAAAAACUAGUCUUAAGUACUCCAACCUAAGUGUAUGUAAACUUCCGACUUCAACUGUAUCAUACUGCUGUAAUGUCAUGCGCAUGUUACAACAGUUUGGCCAUAUAUCAUUCUGCUGUAAUGUCAUGCGCAUGUUACAGCAGUUUGGCCAUAUAUCAUACUGCUGCAAUGUCUUUUUGAAUGAUUGGACAUGUCAAUGGUACCCGAAAAAUGUAUUUGUACAAUAUUCAGUAUUUAUAUAAAGUUAUGACUCAAAACCCUGGGAAAAACAUGCACAUUGUCUUAUUCUCAU